UCGCUGUGUUUGGCCGCGUUGUUUUGAUGCUCACCUCGGUUUCACGCAUUUCGUUCUUUUCUCGCGACAUGACAUUCGUUGUCUUGCAUCCGAUCCAGAAGAGGCCCCAGUGUCUGCUGGACGCCGCGUACCGAGCCAGAUGGGGUGCACUGUGUGUACAGUGUUUCCACAACAAAGCCCGGCACCACGAGGGCGUCGCCGGUGUGGACUUGAUGGCCCUUGAAUCCGGCGGGACCAAAGCUCGUACCUCCCAGUCACAGAGACACCAGGCGGUCUACAAGAAGUCCACGAGGCCUCCCAGGGUGACCGGAGAAGUGGUGUUUGGUCUGCACCCAGUGCUGCUGGCGCUGAAGACGGGCAGGCGGGAGCUGUUCUCCCUGCACGUCCGGGGCAGCAAGCUGAAGGACACGGGAAGGUCCGGGGCGUCGUCGCUCUGGACAGAGAUACUGGGUCUCGCCGAGCAGCGAGGACUGGCGCCCAGGCGCUCCUCCCUCGCCAAUCUAGACCACCUCACUGAGAACAGAACCCAUCAGGGGAUUUGCUUGGAUGCCUCCCAGCUGCCGGUGCCCGACGGCCACGGGCUUCUGGCUGCAUCCGAAUCCAGCGGGGUCCUGAACGAUGGUCUCUGGGUCCUUAUGGAUAGGAUUCAGGACCCUAUGAACUUUGGCGCCGUGUUGAGGUCCUCGUACUACUUCGGGGUGCAGAAGGUCUUCACGACAAGGACGGAUAGCUGUCGCCUGUCCCCUGUUGUGAGUAAGGCAAGCUCAGGGGCUCUUGAGGUCAUGGACCUGUACUCGUUGCAGAGUCCAGCAGAGUUUCUGCAGGCGCUCAAAUCGAAGGGCUGGUGGGUUGUGGGCACGGCCGGAGUGAAGCAGGACGGGCCAUUUGAAGCAGGGCCGAGGAGUGAUUUGUCCUGGGUGCUUCCUCCAACGGACAAGCCCGCCAUCCUCAUUGUUGGCAACGAGAACCAAGGCAUGCAUCCCGAGCUGGGAGCUGUUUGCGACAGCGUGUUGUCCAUCUCUCCGGCCGCUUCAAGCGAUCUGAUUGGCUCACUCAACGUCUCCGUAGCUACAGGCAUUGUGCUUCACGAACUUGCAAGGGGCAGGACAAAGUGA